GUAAGCUACUUUUCAAGCUAUUAUGUAACCAAAUUAAAUAAUUAUGAUUAUAGGGCUUCAAGGAUGAUUUCAGUUAACGAAAAAUCAUGUAAACCGCGUAGUAUGACGUCUGCUAAAAAAGUGGAAGUUCUUUAAGAACGAACUCAAGAAGAAAUAUUAUUUCUAUGCUUCUCCAAUAUUCGUUCAAAUAAAAAGGGUAUUAAAGAUUCAGAAGAAUUAUUUCCUUUGUUUUAACUGCCUACCAAUCGGAAUUAGCAUAUAAGUUGUUUAAAAAGCUGCAUAGGUAACUAUGAAGAAAAGCAGUGGGAAACAUCAAAAAUUUCUGCCAGUGACCAAUUAUGAUUUAAUGAAGGGUCAAAUAUUAAUCCCUGGUAGGCAUGUUUGCCUGUGUGAGGCCACAAAACAUGAACUGAUAAAUAACUGCAUUCAUUGUGGACGCAUUGUUUGUGCACAGGAAGGUUCUGGACCAUGUUUUACAUGUGGGGAAUUGGUAUGCACACCAAAAGAACAAGAAAUUAUUAUUCGCAAGUCUAAAGCUGGAUGCAAAUUGUAUAACAAGUUAAUGAAUCAGGAUUCUGAUAAAGACAAUAUUGAUAAAUCAGUAGAUAUUGAUUCAGGAUUACAGAAUGCUUUGGCACACAGAGACAAACUGCUUGAAUUUGACCGCACUGUAGAAAGAAGAGCCAAAGUAAUUGAUGAUGAAAAUGAUUAUUUUCAAGUGGAUUCAAAGUGGUUAAGUGCUAAAGAAAGAAAAAUUUUAAAAGAAAAGAAAGAAGAAGUAGAUAAUUUGCUUCUUAAUCGUCAAAAGCAAAAACUCACAUUUGACUUUGCUGGUAGAAAAAUUAUUGAAGAGACACCAGAAAUAAAAGUAGAUGUUGAAGAAUUGCUGAAGUCGGACACUAGUAUUUUUGAAUGUAAAGAUGCCUCAUCUCUAAAUAUAGCUUUAGACCUUCAUCCGGUUUACGAAGAACAGAAUUCUCCUAAAAAGUCCUAUACAUGUAAUGAUAUUUCAGAUGAUAAACAUCAUCAUAUUCGAAUACAAGACAAAGAAUUACAAGAAAUGUCAGAUGAAGGCAUGUGUUUAAGCCUUCACCAGCCACAUGCAUCUCUUCUUGCAGCUGGAAUAAAAAAGCAUGAAGGGAGAAUAUGGUACACAAGUUAUAGAGGUCGAUUAUGGAUACAUUCUGCUGGUAAAGUCCCUACUCAAAGAGAAAUAACAGAAAUAGAAAAUUUGUAUCGUUCAAUUGUUGGCAAUUGUGCUUUUCCUGAUAGUUAUCCAACUGGAUGCUUACUAGGCUGUGUGGAUCUUGUUGACUGCUUACCUCAAGAAGAAUACAAGAUUCAAUUUCCAUAUGGUGAAAUUGCAUCUCCUUAUGUUUUAAUAUGUGAAAAUGCACAGCAGCUAAUCAUCAAAUUUCCUAUGACUGGGAAACACAAAAUAUUUAAACUGGAUGCUAAUAUUCAUCAGGCUGCAAAGAAGACUUUAAGGAAAUUAAUAUGAAAAACUAUUGCUAAUAGUCAGAAGCUUUUUUAUCAAAUACUUUUCAACAAGAUGAAAACUUCAUGAAUUGUAAUGAUUCCGAUGUAACUUAUCACCAAAUGAUUUUUUUCUCUUUAAUAUAAUAUUAAAAUCUAUCUUCUAAAUAAA